UUUUUGGGGAAAAAAUUGAACUGUCAGAAAUUGUGUGUGUUUUGUUUGCCUGCUGGUAUUAUUUUUGGGUGGAGAACGUCAAGACAUUGGCGUUCAUUUAUUGCAUUUAAUUGGAUUUGGUGUGACUUACGCUAAUUUGCAGAGAAAUAUGGCACUCUUAGAGUUUUUCGGCUGUGCGUUUCUCGCAUUUGGCCCGCCACUAGCCAUGUUCCUUCUAACGAUUGCUAAGGACCCUAUUCGAAUCAUCAUUCUCAUAGCCAGUGCAUUCUUCUGGCUUCUGUCGCUGUUGACAUCCUCGCUGCUAUGGUUAGUGGCAGUCACGCUGCACAGUCCAAUUGUUGUGGGUGUUAUCUUCUCUGUUCUGUUUCAAGAACUCUUCCGGUAUCUAAUAUACUUGCUGUUGCGCAAAGCUGAGGUUGGUUUGAAGAAACUCACAGAAUCCGAUACUGCCAUCAUAACCAACAAAAACAUCUUAGCCUAUGUUUCAGGUUUAGGCUUUGGCAUCAUCAGCGGAACUUUCUCCCUAGUCAAUGUUCUGGCUGAUGCCACUGGCCCUGGAACAGUCGGUCUGCAUGGUGAUUCCAACCUGUUUUUCCUCACUUCAGCCCUCCUAACGCUGUGCUUCAUCCUCCUACACACAGCAUGGGGAGUGUUAUUCUUCCACGCAUUAGACAAGAAAAAGUACUUGGCGUUGGUGUGGGUGGUGAUGUCUCAUCUACUCGUCUCACUCCUGACUCUGAUGAACUCGUCGCAGUUAUACUUGGCCACGAUCCUGCCCGCCUACGCAGUCCUGGUUGUCACGGGUCUGUGGGCUGCAGGAGCGGCGGGCGCCUCUUUCACUUCGCUCAAAAAGUGUUUAACUAGUCCGCCAACGACGGUCCAGGUACGCAUCGAGGACUAAAAUGGAAAAAAAAGCCGCCGGCAUCUACCAUUCCCCACACGUAAACUUUCAUCAAUACAAAAGCAUCCGUGCGGAUCUUUUCCGUAAUAAUCUCUGGCUAAACUUUUGUUUUUAACAAAAACUCGGAGCAGCGAGUCGACGUCCGCCCCGUUCUUAAUUAAUUAAUGUAACCAUAAAUACACUUUGAAUGAUGACGACCAAAACUAGUGCGGUUUUUCCUAUUUUUCUUUUUUUUUUUCUAACAAUCUACUCUGAAGACGGUACGUUCAAAAGCCCCCCGGGUCUAACCUCCCUCACCCACAUUUUUAAUAGAAUAGUUGCUGGCAGUUGAAAGUUUCGGGCCUUUAGAGAGUUGAAAACAUAACACUCUGUUCUCUCUCUGUACGAGUAAAUAUGUCGAAAGUUGGUUUAGAUUAUUAACGCUCUCGUUCACCUGUGCACUUGCCGACAACUCUUAUAUAUAGCAGUGGUAUCUCUGUUGUCGGCAGAUGAAAUAAUAAACGAAAAAAUUACAAAUAAAA